UUGAUUUAGUAAUGAAUGGUUUAUGAUAAAAAGCUAAAGGAGGCAAAGUUAACUUUGGGGGGUCUGUUUUUUUGAAGGAAAAUAAGGAGGGGGUGGCAUAAUAAGCUGAAAGAAGAUGAUCUUUCUUGGCUGCUGCAGGGCGGAAAUCCUCGACGAGGAAGGCCGUAGCAGCAGCAGUAGCAGCCUCGUGUCGACGCCGAGGAAGAAAAAUAGGUGGAGGAGGAGGAGUAAGAGAUCCACUAUGAAUGGAAAUUAUGGUACUGAUGCUAAGAUAUCUAUUGCUACCGUUGUUAAGACCUUCUCUAUGAGAACUACUACCAAAGGUAAGAAGAAACAACAGACGAUUGAUUAUUCUGAUAGAUCAAUCCCAGGCCAAAAGAUUUCAGCAGCUCAAACAUUCACAUUUCGACAAAUGGCUAACGCGACCAAUAACUUCAGCAUUGAUAAUCUCGUAGGUGAAGGCGGAUUCGGGAGGGUGUACAAAGGUUACCUUCAAGGUGUAGACAAGGUUGUGGCUGUGAAGCAACUUGACAGGAAUGGACUGCAAGGAAACAGAGAAUUUCUAUCAGAGGUUUUCAUGUUAAGCCUAGUUGAUCACCCAAAUCUUGUCAAUUUGAUUGGAUAUUGUGCAGAUGGUGAUCAAAGAAUUUUAGUAUAUGAAUAUAUGGCUUUUGGAUCGUUGGAAGAUCAUCUUUUAGAUCUUCCUCCGAACACGGAGCCCUUGUCUUGGCAGACAAGGAUGAAGAUAGCCGAGGGAGCUGCCAAGGGGCUCGAGUAUUUGCACGAGACUAGCAAGCCACCAGUGAUCUAUCGCGAUUUUAAAGCAUCAAACAUCCUAUUAGACGAACAAUUUAAUCCUAAACUCUCAGACUUUGGGCUAGCUAGAAUUGGUCCAACUGGGGAUAAAGAACAUGUCUCGACUAGAGUCAUGGGCACGUAUGGAUAUUGUGCACCCGAGUAUGCCAUGACUGGUAAGCUCACCACAAAAUCGGACGUUUACAGCUUUGGAGUUGUCUUCCUUGAGCUCAUUUCAGGAAGGAGAGCUGUUGAUACUACUAAACCAACAGCUGAACAAAACCUCAUUUCUUGGGCACAACCACUCUUUAAGGAUAGAAAGAUGUUCACAAAGAUGGCAGACCCACUACUAAAAGACAAGUAUCCAGUCAAAAGUUUGUAUCAAGCCCUUGCAGUAGCAGCAAUGUGUCUACAAGAAGAAGCUAGCACACGACCUUUAAUUAGUGAUGUUGUAACUGCUUUGGCAUUCCUAUCAAAACCGGAAGAUGACUAUGAAAGCCCUAGGAAUUCUGUCAUCAUACAUGACGUCGAAGAGGAAGACAUGGAGGAUGAUCACGAGGAAGAUUAUUAUAAAGACGACGAAAAUGAAGAUGAAGAUGAUAAUAAGAAGGUACACCAACGUGGUUAUGUGGUAGAUAUAGACGAGUCCUCGCCUAACCGGCCUUCCGAAACUAGUCACCCUCUUCCUACGCCGGAUAGUAAUGCAUGAUACGAAUGUUGUGGUGUAGAUUUUGCCCAUUUUGGGCCAUUCCUUUGUAUUUAUGAAAUGCUAGAGAUUGUAGAUUGUAGUAGCCAAAUUAAAAUUUCUCCCUCAAUGAACAUUAAUAGAUUAUUAAAGGGUCUAUUAUGAACUUGUUUCUUAAACUCCUACUAUUUGGUACUAGAUGAUUCAAGGUAAAUUCAUAGCUAAACCCUUUUCUUUGAAGAUGGUUAAAUUGUGUGAUAAUUUUUCCAUAGGUCGAGAAAUUAUUACAAUAUAUAUUAGUACGAUUAUUUUGUCUUGUAUAAUCGUGACUCAUAACU